CUUUCCCUCCCACCCAGAACUUCAUCUCAACCAUUGCAAAACCCAACCCAACGACAAACCACGACAAAAGCACACACCUAACAAGCCCUCACACCCAAUUAUUACUCCAAUUACUUCACCAAAUCAGUCUUUCAGAUCUCGCCACACACACACACACAAUCACCAUGUUAGAAGCACGUUUGGAGCAGGCGAGCAUCCUGAAGAAGGUUGUCGACGCCAUCAAGGAUCUGGUGCAAGACUGCAAUUUUGACUGCAAUGACAGCGGCAUCGCCCUGCAGGCCAUGGACAACAGCCAUGUCGCGCUCGUGUCCAUGAUGCUUAAGGCCGAGGGCUUCUCGCCGUUCCGCUGCGACCGUAACAUCGCGCUCGGCAUCAACCUCACCUCCCUCACCAAGGUGCUGCGGGCGGCCCAGAAUGAGGAUAUUCUCACCCUCAAGGCGGAGGACGCGCCUGACGUCCUCAACCUCGUCUUCGAGAGCUCCGAGACCGACAGGAUCUCCGAGUACGACCUCAAGCUCAUGGACAUUGACCAGGAACACCUGGGUAUCCCGGACACCGAGUACGCGGCCACAAUCACCAUGCCCGCGAACGAGUUCAAGCGCAUCACGACAGAUCUGAUAGCUAUGUCUGAGUCAGUCACGAUCGAUGCGAGCAAGGACGGCAUCAAGUUCUCGUGCCAGGGCGACAUCGGCAACGGGUCCGUCACCCUCCGGCAACACUCCAACGUGGAGAAGCCGAACGAGUCGAUCGAGAUCGAGCUCAGCGAGCCCGUCUCGCUCACCUUCUCCCUCAAGUACCUCGUCAACUUCUGCAAAGCCUCGGCGCUGUCGAACCAGGUCAAGAUCUGCCUCUCCAACGAGGUGCCCCUCCUGGUCGAGUACAGCCUGGGAGGAAGCAGUUAUCUGCGCUUCUACCUGGCGCCAAAGAUUGGUGAUGAGGAGUAGAGAAGGGUCGAAGGAAACACCCCCCAAUGACGACGUAAAGACUGAUGCGACGGUCACGCAAAGGAUUGGCUCUGCAUGGGUACCUACCUACAACUAACAGCCUGGAUGAUGAUGUUUGGCAAAAAGUAGACGCAUUGGCGAAGGACGGCCAUGGCCCGUUGUGAGGGUAGGUCAGGGCUCACGAGACGGCCAUCUGUGACCGCUUAUGGUAAUGAAACUACACUCUACUUGUGCUCCAUUGGAGAUCAAAUUCCCAAAUGGACAUUGCUCAACUUCACCGCGAUCUUUGUUCUCAUCCAGUUGCCGCCAAUUCCAACAGAGCUAGGUACCUAGGCCUGUGCUUGGAGCCGGGGAAGAAAGGGCCGGUCUAAUUGCUACAGUAUGUACAAACGUAGUGUGCCA